AUGCCAAUUUACAACGAGCUCCCCGUCGAGAUCGAUGCCGUCGAUGUGAUUAUCGCGGGCGGUGGCACGACGGGAUGCGUCGUUGCCUCAAGACUCUCCGAGGCCGACUCGUCCUUAUCCAUCCUUGUGAUUGAGGCCGGACCGAACAAUUUUGAAGACCCCACCAUCGUAACUCCAAUUUUGUUUGUAUCCCACCUCGCUCCAGGAUCCAAAACAAUGUCUUUUCACGUAGGAAAAAAGUCGCAGUUCCUGGGCGAUAGAGAGCCAGUCGUUCCCACCGCGCGCGUUCUUGGGGGUGGUUCAUCCGUGAAUAUGCUCAUGUACAGUCGGGCUCAAGGCGUGGACUUUGACUCCUGGGGAAUGCCCGGAUGGUCCGCCGAGGAUCUGAUACCUUACAUGAAGCGUGUUGAAACAUAUCACGGAGAGGACCUUAAAGGAAACCACGGCGUAAACGGCCCUAUUCACAUAUCAUAUGGCACAUAUUCUUCCAAGAGAUCGCAAGAUGCCUUUUUGGAAGCAGCGAAGCGCCAAGGAUUGAAGGAGCUGGCAGAUAUUAGCGACUUGGAAUCAGUCAAUGGGGUCCAACGUGCAAAGCGCUACAUAUCUCCCGACGAAGGCAAGCGUCAGGACUCAGCUCACAGGUACCUCCAUCCCAAGCUGCAAGAUAAGAAUUACCCAAAUCUUCAUGUUCUUGUUGAUACCUCGGUCGUCCGUCUCACCUUUGACGGCAAGAGAGUCUCUGGAGUGACGUACCAGUCCAGCGGAGCCGUGACCCGAACAGUCAAAGCCAGAAAGAUGGCUGUCCUGUCUUGUGGUGCCUGUGGUACGCCAUCAAUUCUGGAGAGAUCCGGACUUGGUGAUAAGGCUGUCCUUGAACGCGCCAACGUUCAGCCUAUUGUCGACCUGCCAGGUGUUGGUGAUGGUUACGAGGAUCACCACACCAUGACAUAUAUCUACAGGUCCGACCUUGGUCCCAACGAGACACUCGAUGGUAUCAUUACGGGGACCUUUGACGUUCCUAGCAUGAUGAUGAGAAAUGAUCCGCUACUCGGAUGGAACUGCCUCGACAUCACCGGAAAGAUUCGGCCGACCGACCAAGAAGCCGCUGCUCUUGGAUCCAAGUUCCAAAGGCUAUGGGAAAGGGAUUUCAAAGAAAAUCCAAGUAGACCGUUGAGCUUGAUGGUCCUUGCCAAUGUCGGUGCUGAACCUGUCGGAGAACCCGGGCAAUAUUUCACCAUGUCUGUGUUCACGGCAUACCCCUACUCCCGGGGCCAAAUCCACAUUACCGGUCCAAACAUGGACGACCCGGUCAACUUCGACUUCGGCCUCCUCUCGGAUCCGGAGGGUGCCGAUCUCCUUGCCUGUCGAUGGGGCUAUAAAAAGCAACGCGAGAUCGCUCGCCGGAUGAAGACAUACCGUGGAGAAGUGGCGAGUAGCCACCCUGCCUUUGCGGCAGAAUCGGAAGCCAAGCCCACGAAAUGCGACAACGCCCAAAGCUUGGACAUCCCUGAGAUUACGUACUCGGAAGAAGACGAUGCCGCCAUUGAUCAGUUUGUACGCGAGCACGUCUCAACACCGUGGCACUCUAUCGGCACUUGCAAGAUGGCGCCCUUGGACAAGAAAGGCGUUGUUGACGACAAACUGGCCGUCUACGGCGUUCAAGGACUAAAGAUUGCCGAUCUAAGCAUCCCCCCAUUCAACGUAGCAGCCCACACAAAUGCUACGGCGUUGGUCAUUGGUGAGAAGGCGGCGGAAAUCUUCAUAGAGGAGCUUAAACUCAUGUAG